AUGUCACGAAAUAAGAACAUGAACAAGACCAAGCGACAGAGAAUCAAAAAGAGACAGAAUAAAGACGCCCAAAAGCCGAAUACAUCCUCACGAGCUGCAUCCGCGAAGUUGAUCCAGAAGCAGAAUCCAUUCUCGCGGCUGACACCGGAAAUCCUCACUAACAUCUGUUCCCUGCUAUUUCCCACUCACCACAACCUGCAAGAUGUCUUCGAGGUAGACGGCCCUGCGAUUAUCCACCAUCGCUGGAAAGAUGUUUACAACUUGUCACUGGUCGACCAGAGGUGCCGCACAAUCGUCAGCCCGUUCCUGUACCGCAGCAUCCCCAUUCCAGGACCGCGCUCCCUGACCAAGCUGCUGUCCUUCGUGCGCUUCUUGACCGACAAACCAACAAUUGCCCAAGGAAUCAAGCAGCUCUACCUCCAGCUCGAAGUAGUGAACUCAGGCGUGACAGCGGUCAGCCAGGACGAUGCCAAGUGGGUGAUGAAGCAGGCUGAGGAGACCGGCACCACUUUCUGCGAGUGCAAAUGGAGGGACCUACCGCACAAGCAGGAGUUCGAGUGGAAGGGCACCAAACGAGCGCAGAGCCGCGUGCCUGAGAGGCCGAUGAAGCGGUACACCGACGAAGUCGAGACCCGGAACUGGGACGAGUGCCAGCGCAUGGAGACGCUUCUUCUGAUUCUGCUGCGUCGCCUCCCCGGUCUUGUCGACCUUGGUCUCGAGCACGGCAAGCGCGUGUUCUCCCACGCGUACACAGCUCUGGAGAAUCAAAGGCUAGAUGCGGGGGACCGCAAGAGACAAAACCUACCACAAGUGCCACCCCGAGUGACCCUCCCCUCGCUGCCAACCGUCCGAUCCGUGGCCAUGAAGAUCAACCGCAGCGCCACCGAGUGGCAAAAUGUCGAUGACAAGGACGUGCGAAUCCUCAUGGAGAUGUGUCUCAAAGCCGAGCGGCUCUCCGUCGAGGAACUGAAGCCCGUAGGACGCCUCAUGCCUUGGGUCAACCCGAACAACCCCCACCUGUUGCCAUGGCUGGGUUCUGUCCGCAAGCUCACACUGACCAACUCAAGAAGCGUCGAAAACUUGAGGGAGAUGGCCGCCGUGGCCCUCUACAUCCGGAGCUGCCCCGUGCUGGAGGAGUUCAGGUUCAUGGCGAAAUACCGCGAGACGCGCGAGGGAACGCCCCACCGGGUGCGGGUUCCCCAGGAGGCCAUGCUCUUCCUCGAGAAUGCUCUGACGGCGAUGCAUUUCUGGUGCCUCAACACGCUCGUGCUCGACUUCCGCCACUGCACGCAGUCGGGUAGGCCCCCUGCCUGGGGCCGCCUCCGCGAAUAUGCCAACUUGAAACACAUCUACCUGAACCUGGGGCACCGCAUUCCCCAGGGAAGCGAAGGCUACCGCGACAGGAAUAAGAUGGAUCGCGAAGCCACAGAAGUGUUGAAGGCUCUACCGCCGUGCGUCCGCGUCGCCAGGCUCGCCGGCGAGUUCUGGCAGCCGAAGCCGCUGAAACGGCUCAUCCGGAACCACAAGAGAGUCCCGUAUCUGCGUGACAUCGAGGUGGAGGGGCGAGAUGACAGUGACACGCUUGCGAUGAUGGCAUCCCUUGGAGAGAGGUUCGCGCAGUGCGGUACGGGAGGAGGGGAGCUUAGGAGUCCCCAGAGCAGCAAACCGGUUGUUGUCGGCAGUUCAGCGGCAAAGAUCUGGCCGCGGCCGGUGCGGUCGGAGUGGGGGGAGGAUGCCCCCGAGAUCCUGAGGUGGGCCAACAGGGAGAUGAUUGUGUACGGGACGAGGAAAUACCCGGGGCCGGGCGCGAAGCUGGUCGUGCAGAAACGGACGACUACCCCCGCACCCAGGAAGAAGACAGAAAUGCCGAUGCCUGUCUGA